CGCGCGAGCAUGGAGAAGUCGAGUAGCGAGGAUUCGUCGAUCCACCGGAGUCCAUCUUUGGACAGCAAGGACUCGGACUUUGCCAAGCCGUCCACCUCGGGCCGCCCGUUCGGCCGCGGCUUCACGGCGGGCGCUUUCUAUGGCACCGCGGGCUCCCGCGGCCAGAGCCGCGCCGAGGGCGGCGUGAAGACCGACAAGUACAAUGCCCCCAAAGGCAGCAAGUACGUGGUGUUUUACCUGGACCUGUCCUUUGUUUUCCUCCUAGAAUUUAAGAAGUGCAACAUGGCCAGGGGCUGCCUCUGCUGCUUGAAGUACAUGAUGUUCGUCUUCAAUUUGAUAUUCUGGCUCUGUGGCUGCGGGCUGCUUGGAGUGGGCAUCUGGCUGUCUGUGUCCCAAGGCAACUUUGCCACCUUCUCCCCCAGCUUCCCCUCGCUGUCUGCAGCCAACCUAGUCAUCGCCAUCGGCACCAUUGUCAUGGCGACGGGCUUCCUGGGCUGCCUGGGGGCCAUCAAGGAAAACAAGUGCCUCCUCCUCAGUUUUUUCAUCGUCCUGUUGGCCAUCCUCCUAGCAGAGCUGAUCUUGCUUAUCCUCUUCUUUGUCUACAUGGACAAGGUGAAUGAGAAUGCCAAGAAGGACCUGAAAGAAGGUCUGCUGCUGUACAACACCGAGAACAACGUGGGACUUAAGAACGCCUGGAACAUCAUCCAGGCCGAGAUGCACUGCUGUGGCGUCACUGACCACACCGACUGGUUCCCCGUGCUGGGGGAGAACACGGUCCCCGACCGCUGCUGCACGGAGAACUCCCAGGGCUGCGGGCGCAAUACCACCACCCCGCUGUGGAGGACGGGCUGCUAUGAGAAGGUGAAGAUGUGGUUCGACGACAACAAGCAUGUGCUUGGCACCGUGGGGAUGUGCAUCCUUAUCAUGCAGAUUCUGGGCAUGGCUUUCUCCAUGACCCUCUUCCAGCACAUCCACCGGACGGGUAAAAAGUAUGAUGCCUGAGCAGGCGGGCAGCAGGCGGGCAGGCGGAGCGCCCCAGACCAUGCGGACACUGUGCCAGGGAAGAAGAUUCCAGCUUUGUGUUGCCUGCCCACACUCUCCAGACUGCUGACCCCUGCACCCCUGCCCCGGCCCCACCCCCUCUGCCAGGGAGAAGGCAGGAGGUAUGCAGAGACCUUGGGGUGCUGGGGGCACCUGGAUUCUUACAUCUGUGUAUUUGCCAAAGAAGACAGCGUGGGCCGGGGACGCGCACCAGGAGGCCCUGCCGGCUCUGAUGUGUUUCUGCCCCCGCCCUUCCUCACACUGACGCUUUGUCCCCCGAGGGGCGGGGGCGGAGUGCGCCCCUCCUGGCGAGAGACCCAGCGAGGCCCCCCAGGCCGUCCGCCCCGUGGGAGACGGGGAGAGCUGGUGGUCACGUCGGGGCUCUCCCUGCCUCCCGCAAGGCCCCUGGGUGCGUCUAGCCCAGGCUUUUUAUACCUUACAGUGUAACUUUUUUAUUUUAUUUUACUCUGAUUAUGAUUAUUCAGGAAUAUUAUCUCUCAGAUAAGUUUAGGGUUAGUGCUCUGAUUUAUGACUUUUUACUGUGUUGAUUUCUGUAACGGUUUGAUUUUUUUCCAAGGGUGGGGGGUGAGUGGGGAGAGGGUCACCUGUCUGGAGUGGAUCAGGAAAACCGUGUGCAGCACUCAGGGGGCUCUGGGGAGCGCCCAGACUCAGCUCAGGGCUCACUGCGCGGGAGGCCGCGAGCAGCUGGGCUGGGGUGGAGUCUGGGGCGCGGGAGCCUGGACAGGCAGGUGAAAGGAGGGUGUGGGCUGCCUGGCAGGAUGCCUGUGCCAACCCGGGGGUCCCCAGAGGCUGGCCACAUGCUUUGCAGGAGCCCGGCCAUUGCUGUGCUGGGUCCUCACUCCACUGAUGAGCAGUUUCUCCGUUUCUCUUCUGCUGUCCUCCUGCCCUCUGCUGGCACAGAACGGGGCUCCCCUUCCACCCCACACAGGCGUUCCUGCCACAGGUUCUGCAAACCCCAGUUACCUUCAGACAUUCCUGCUAGAAACUUUCAGACAAAUACCUCUCUAGUUUGGAUGCUCAGUUCCUCACAUUGCUUCUGGAAGGGGAAGCCAUUCCUCGACUUUGCUGCUGAGACAGUGACUGAGGACCGUGGCCGGCAGGAGGGGAAGGGGCGCGGAUGGCAUGUUCCCUCCAGCCAGAGUCACAUGCUGGCUUCCUGCUGGAGGCGGCAAAUGGUUUCCGCCAGGGGUUCAGAUUCCUGGGGGCUCCUGGAUGGUGGUUGGGUGGGGGUUAUGUCCUCUGUAACCCUAAGGAGAAGAAAACCCGAGAAGGAUCAGCCUGGAUCUUAUUACAACACCCCCAGCACAAAGCAGACUGAUUCUUGACUUGGGAGACAACAGGCUGGCGGGGGUUACAGCUGCAGCAGCCCCCCGAGAAUGUCCCCUGGGCGGGUUGAAUGUUUUGUCGUUAAGAAAAAAGAGUCCACAGGAUUGAGUUUGGAAAAGUUACCCACUGACUGGCUAGAUGCUGGUGCACAUCCCUGAUGGGGCCUUGUGUGUGUGUGUGUGGGGGGUGGGGGCUGCCUUCUCCCGCCCCAUUUGAUUGGUUGCCUUGAUUUCCCCACUGGGCCCAGGCCCUCUCUGCAGCCUCCACCUGCCUGUCGUCUCAAGACCUCAGGGCCAGCUGCCCAGCCAGCGGCUCCACUCGCCUCUAGGUCAAAUACAGUGGGACCGGGAGUGCAGAUCUUCGGGUGUGUUCAGGGUCACACUGCGGGUCCGGGGCGGGUGCUGGAGAGUGGAGAGGGGCGUGGUCUCAGGGAAUAGGGCAGAGCAAAGACCCCCUCCCUGGGAGAGGAGCGGAGGGGCUAAUGGCAAAGUGGGAAGGGGGUGGGGGGUCCUUCGGGGGAGGAUGGGCGAGCACACGCUGAGAGGAGCUGCCUUCCCGGGUCCUCUGGCCCUACUUCUUGGUGAGGAGCCCGCCUCCCGGGAACCCCAGGCUGCGGAGUGUGGAGCAGACCCGCCCCAGCGGAGAGACACUCGCGCGCACACACGUCCUGUGGCACGGCAGGGCGGGGUGCAUCCUGAGUGUGUGCUGGGGUGAGGGUGGGCGGGUUUGUUUAUGCCUAUCAAUGCAAUUUCUAAUUUUUGUUAAAAUCAACAGCAAACGUCUAGCACAUUGUGGGGUGUAUAGCCUCCCUGGAAAUCUUACAUUUCUAGAACUUCAGGGGCAUCCUCUGGCCCUGGAGCCUUUGCCACAGCCCCCGUCUCUUCCCCCAGCCACCACGUCGUCUGUCUAUUUGCAGAACCUUGUCCACGCUUCCCAAAACUGCCUUCUGGCCUCACCCUGUGCCCGGAUGAUCAGUCUUUCGCCAACCAGCACUGGGUGGAAGUCCGGGUGCACGGGGUGGGGAUCUUUCCAAGCCCCUUGCCCGUCCUGCAGAGCCCUCCCCACACCACACGGAAGGUCACACUGUGCGAUGUCAGUGACGGUGGCCCAGUGUCCUCUGGUUCUCCUGCCCAUGUCCGCAUUGGGCAGAAUUAACUGAGUGACUUCCACGUGUUCUUCCCUUGCCACAGCCAGAGCUCCUCCAGGCCGGUCUGCCAGGCAGUUUACAGACUGGCUGAGAAGGUCAAGGUUUUGUAGACUUCAAGGGGAAGCCUGCCGUAGACUCUGCAGCCCUGUUACCAAAAGGUGGUGAGCAGAGGCUGAGACUACCCUUGGGGGCCUGCAGCAGGUGUUGGGGUAUAAGUCUCCAUCUGUGUCCCCCAAAGGGAGGGCUGUCUCUCUCCUGCCAACAUGGGUCUGUCUCUUGGGCUGUCACUCUGGAAGGGGUGCCGAGCCCACCCAGACAGGUGUUCUGGUGGGUCUGGGGCCCAAGUGGCUGUCCCUCUGUGCUUUCGGGGCCAAAAAGCAGUCCAGGUGGAUGGAAGUGACUGUCCCCUCCUCUCUGGCCCCCUGCCCACCCACUGGUGGAGGUGCUAACUAGCAGGGACCUGGCACAGGAUGGGAGCUGGGUUCCAGGUGCUGGGGUCCACUCUUCAUCCCUUGCCCUUCAGUGUCCCUGCUCUCCCGCUUCCCUCCCCAAUGGGUGGACGUCCACGGCGGGUCCUGGCCCCUGCCCUGCCCGGGCAUUCCGAGGGGGAGGCUUUGGGGCUCAUGCCUGCGUGCUGCCCACCCCAGGGGCAGCGUGCAGAGCGGGAGAGCACGCUUGUUGGUUUCGAUGCACUUUCUGCUUGCAAUGCCGUAUCUGUGCGUUUCCUUCAUCCUGGUCCUGGCUUUAUUGAACGCCAAGUUUUUAGCAUGUUUUUAAAUAAAACCUGAUAACGUGUCAAAAGCACAGGCAGGCUGGCUCUUCGUGUUUCUGUGUCUUAUUU